AUGGCGGAGGCAGCGCCAACAAAACGGAAUCGGAUCCUUAGUAUGGUCCACACUGACGAAAUAUGGAAGGACCACGUCCGCCAUGAGCAAGUGUCAGCACGCAAAAAGUGGCCGGAAAUGUGGGGCUACCUAGUGUAUGAAUACAGAAAGUUAAACUGUGACCUUGAGGGUCGGCCCAUGAGCAAGACUGGCAGCUCUCGACCGGUGUCCUCGAAAGCGACCCGCUAUAGACAUAACGCGCUGGACGGCCUCUGCCUGCCGCCUAUCCCCCCGCGGCGGAAGGACUUCCCGGAAACAACUAGCCGUGAGAUUGGCUGGAAGUCCGUGCAGAACGGCCAGAACUCGGAGAUGGUGACCCGGUAUGCGGAACAGAGCAGAGGCAAGUGCACCAUCUUCCGUAAACUGAAGUGGCCCAAGGAUUGCCUUCCAUAGAGGACGUGAC